GAGGCAAAGGACUGAGUUUGGACACAUUUGGGCAGCCUGUAACGAAGCAACAAUGUCUCCUGUCCCACUCAUCUUCUGGACAGUUGCUCUAGCCCACACUGUCCUCGCAGGACGUGUCUGUCCCAGACCACCUGAAAUACCAUUGGCUACUGCUGACAUACAGAAGGAAGAAUUCAAUAUGGGAGAGGAAAUUACAUACCACUGUAACCCUGGUUAUGUGGCUCAGUCAGGCUCAAGGAGCUAUACGUGCCCCUGGUCUGGUAGAUGGCCUAUUGUUACAUUUAGAUGUAUACCAAAGAAAUGUUACUACCCUGGACCUUUGGAAAAUGGAGAGAUCCAGCAUACAGACUUCAACUACCAGAGUUCUAUAAGGUUUUCGUGUGAUCUGGGGUAUAUUCUUCAAGGGAAGAAAACAGCCCAAUGCCUGGCAGAUGGACAAUGGAGUGAAAAAUUACCCAAAUGCCAACCUGUCGUUUGUCCUCCACCUCCAGUUUCUGAAUUUGGAGCCCUUACUUACCAUAAACUUCUGCCUGGAAAUGUAUCAGUCUUCCAAGAUGUAAUCAAGUUUGAGUGUUUACCGCCUCUUGCAUUGUUUGGAAACGAAACAGCCAAAUGUCUGGCCAGUGGAAACUGGAGUGAACUACCUGAAUGCAGGUCUGUAGAAUGUCCAUAUCCAGAGCAAAUAGAAAAUGGAUUUAUAAACUUUGCUCUUCGUCGUACUUACAAAUACAAAGAAACUGUGCAAUAUGGCUGUAACCUUCCAUAUGUACUGGAUGGAGCUUCAGCAUCCAGUUGUGAAAAAACAGGGACCUGGUCAACAAAACCAGCUUGCAGAGCACCAUGUGCCAUACCAGUAAAAAGGGCUACAGUAUUAUACAAUGAGCAGAAACUAAAGGUGCAAGACCACCUCAGGGAUGGAAUAAAACAUGGUGAGACCAUCUGGUUUUUCUGCAAAAAUAAAGAACAGCAGUGUAGUUACACUGUACCUGCUCAAUGCAUAGAUGGCACUCUUUCAGUCCCUGCCUGUUUCAAAGAACGUGGGUGGUUGGCAACCAUGGUGAAAACAGAUGUAGCAGACAUGACACCAUGCGAGAACAUCAAUUGAAGAGGAUAUCUCCAAGUGUUGUUUGAAAAAAGAUGCACAUGAAUGGUACAACAGAGUUCCUUCUAGAUAACACCUACAUGCAAUGCAAGCACAACCCUACCAGCGUAUUCUAAACUGCUCCUUUAAAGCAACUUUCCAUCAAAAUUGCAUUAAAGCUACAUUAUCUUGUGCUAAUUUUGUCCUCAUUCUUUUUAAGAAACAUGCUUUUAGCCUGUCUACAGGAAAUAAACAUGUAGCAUUUAACAUACAGUUGAAAAGCUGCAUGAACCAGCAUUA